CGCCUUAGCUCUGGGCACUGCUCUGUUCGGGAUACUGCUCAUGAUAAUCCACGCAGAGAUGUGUCCCAUUUUUUAUGAUCCGGGUUCAGAAAUGGCCCUAAUCAUCAACGGUUUCAUUAGCCUGUCCACCGGGUGUCUCCUCAUCCUCAUCAUCGCUUUCCAUUAUAAAGACAUCCAGUUGUUUAUCAUAGAUCAUCAUCAGGUGGACUGGCGUAUCGCUAUGACCAGUCACCGGGUCUUUGUGAUCAUACUGGAGCUGGUGGUCUGUGCCAUCCAUCCUGUUGGCACAUACUGGGAGGCGGUUUUGCCUUCCAACUCCUCCUCAUCAGCACCGCUCUGCAUUUCCAGCCACCACGGCCCUGUCCUCGUCAACAUGGAGCUCCUGUUAUCAGUCCUCAUGUUCCUCCGUUUUUACUUGGUGCACAGGGCCAUCCUGCUGCACAGCAAAGUGCUCCUGAGCGCCUCCUACAGGAGCAUCGGCUCGCUCAAUAACAUCAACUUCACCUUCCGCUUCGUCCUCAAGGUACUGAUGAACAAAUAUCCUGGUCGGACACUACUGGCCAUCAUCCUCUCAUUCUGGCUCGUUUCGUCCUGGAUGCUUACUCGCUGUGAAAGGCAGACGACAGCGCCGGCUAACCACAUGAGCACGGCCCUGUGGCUCAUCGUCAUCACCUUUCUUACUGUGGGCUACGGUGAUGUGGCGCCCAAAACCAGCUGUGGCAAAAUGGUUUGCCUCUUCACAGGAGUCAUGCAAUAG